AUGUCAAUUUUAGCUAAAUUACCAGAGAUUCCAUCGACUAAAUUAAUACCAGUUUUUACAAUUAAUUUAAAAUUAAAACAUGAUCCAUUAAAUAUUUAUUCAAGUAAUGAAUCAAAUAAUACUUUAAAUUUGGCCAUAAUCGAAACUGGUGAAAUUAAGACAGUCAAAAAUGAAUUAGGUUUACAAUUUGAAUUAAACGAAAUAUUUGGAACUGAUGAUUUAUUAAUUAAAAAUUCAAUUGAAACUGCAAGUUUAGAUUGUAAAUUAUAUGGUAAAACACCAAAGGGAAAUUCAGUAUUUAUUCAUUAUGGUGGUAAAGUUCAAUUAAAUGAAGAAAGUGUAGAUAUAAUCUCCGAAAAGAAAAGAGAUUCAGAUAUUUCAAAAUCUUAUGUUACUUGUAAUCCAACUUUUAAAUUUGAUGAAAAUUUAGAAAGUGAAUAUAAAUGGAUUGAGAAAGAGAAUUUUAUUGGUAGAGGUAGAUUUGUUAGAGAUGAAAAUGGUUCAUUAUAUGUUCAAUAUUAUAUUUAUAUAAUUAGAUAA